UCUUCGGAUUUGUUCUUCUCGUGGCCAUGGGGCAAGCCCUCGCAGACUUCAACUUCUACAGAGACAUGGUCUGCUACUGGGGACCUCGCAACUUGGCCGUGUGGAACAAUGGAACAAACUUGGCACUCAACCUCAACAACGCCUCAGGCUGUGGGAUCAAAACGAGGAAGCAGUUUAUGUUCGGAAGCGUAGAGAUGCAAAUUAAGCUCGUCCAAGGAAAUUCUGCUGGCACUGUGACUACAUAUUAUGUGUCUUCGACCGGAGACAAGCACGACGAGAUCGAUUUCGAGUUCCUUGGUAACGUAUCGGGGCAGCCUUACAUCGUCCACACCAACAUCUGGGCUCGAGGGGUAGGAAGAAGGGAACAGCAGUUUUAUCUUUGGUUCGACCCAACUGCGGCCUUUCACAACUACACCAUUCACUGGAAUCCCAGCCAAAUCGUGUAAACUCUCUGUCUCUCU